AUGAGAAUCCACACUGAAGGGCUUUUCACUUGCGGCGAGUGCGGGAAGAGUUUCGCCUAUAAAAGAAAACUUCAGAUUCACAGAAAGAUUCACACCGAAGAGAACCCUUUAACUUGCCCUCAGUGUGGAAAAACGUUCACGUGUCACAAAAAGUUUAAGUGUCACGUUAAAACUCACUCUAAAGACAACCUUUACUCGUGCAAUCGGUGUGGAAAGUGUUUCAAUCAAAGAGGACACCUGAAUGUUCACCUGAGAACUCACUCUGCCUUCAACCUCGCAUGCCAUCAGAGCGGACAGAGUUUAGUUCAACAAGCGCUCCUUAAUGAUCACGUAAGACUUCACAUUGUAGACCGACCAUUCACAUGCCAUCACUGCAAAAAGAACUUCAUUCAUCGAGGACACCUUAAUGAGCACCUGAGGAUCCACACCGGAGAGAAGCCUUACGCGUGCCAACAGUGUGGGAAGCGUUUCACACAUAAAGCAAGCCUUAAGGGGCACACGAGAACUCACGCUGAGGAGGACGCUUUCACAAACCAUCUAACUGAGAAGAAACUUACUAAUAAUGUAGACGUUGAGAGUCGGAUAAGAAUGCGCUCUGGAGAAAAGCCUUACGCGUGUCCUUUGUGUGAAAAGAGUUUCAGUCGUCAAGCAAUCCUUCAGAGUCAUGUAGAAACUCACUUUGAGGAGAGUCCUUAA